GCUGCACGUUUGAAUGCUUUCUUAAUUAAGGUUGAACUAGGCUUAAGUGGAACGUUCUUUGUUAUUUAGAGACUUAAGAUUUGAUUUUAAUUUUGUAGGUGGCAUGUGUGUGUUUACUAAGUCUUAUUCUUAUUGUGCAUAAAAGAUUUGUUUCAGCAUAGGCUAUAUUAUACGAAAGGAGUAGCUUUUUAUUUGGAAACGUAUAGUUUUGGUAGUUUUGAGUUCUUAAUUUCUGUAGGUCACCCCAAGUCUUUAUAGUAUUAAUUGCUUUGAUACAGUACAAUAUAGGGUAAAGUCACCAGCUGGCAUUUACUUCUUGGAGGAAGGGCAGAUAUAAAAUUCAUUGUACUGGAUUAACUUUACAUAUGCAAAUAUUUAUGGUAUUUAAAAAUGAGUGUUUAGAAUGUCUGAACUUGUCAAGUUGGAAAGACUUGGUAAUUUUCAGAAAGCCAGUAUGACUAACUGUAGCACUUGUCAGGUUGGAGGUUUUUGUUAAGCUGACAUAAGGAGUUAAGGCAGAACCUCAAUGUAUGCAGAUUUGGUAGCUUAAAUCCCAGAAGAUGGGCAGGUUUUGAUUCAUUAUAUAUUUUUGUAACUUUAGUAAUUUAUAAAUUAUGAUCCUAAGCUUUAAGUAUGGUAUCUUUAAAGAUGUUUUAGGUUUCAUAAAUAGUUACUGUAUAUAGUUAUAAGUGUUAACAGGUGACUUGAUACUGUGCUUACCUAUUAGUGACUUCUACUCCUCGUCUAACUGCAUUUCACUUGGCCAUUCAAACAAUAUGAUUAUAAGUACGAUACUUCCAUGCGUGUCCCGCUUCCACUGAUGUUCUCUUGUCCUUUUUUUUAUAUCAAUUUUAAGAGAGGCUAAAUCUUAAUUACUUUACCCCUCACAGUGGAGAUUGCCUGUGUUCUUUCCCCAACUUCAUUAUUGUAUGUACUUUGCUCUUUCUAGGAUUGAGUGAUGGCCAUUUGUCUGCCUACUCCUGAAAUUUAGAUUUUCUGUAAUUCUCUGCAGUCUUCAUUUACAUUUCUUAUUUGCUUUGCAUUAUCUGCAAGUAUUGAUGUGUAAAAGCUUACUGUCAGUCUGGUCAUUAACGUAAAUCAGGACUGUUUCUUGGGAACCCUAUUUGUCAAGAGCUUCCAGUGCAGCAACACCUCUGUCUAUUUCCCUUCUUUCUCUGUCUAUUAGGUACUUCCUUAACCAGUUCAAUAUUUUCCCCGUUUUACAAGGUAGCCUUUUUAUCUUGUACACGAGCCUCUCAUUAGAAAUGGUAUUAAAUGACGUUUGAGUCUAGGAAUGGCUGAUAGGAAGCAACCCUGUCACCUACAGUCAGUUUGGCUUUACUUUUGUUUUAUUUAGUUAAAUUUGUUUUAAAACUAUUAAGUUUGUCAGGUAUGAAUUCUCCCUUCUAAAUCCAUGUUGCCCAUCCAUUAAAAAGCUAAUCAUCUCCAAAUGCUUCAAUCUCAUUUUGAUUUCUUUCACCAGCACUUUACAAGAAAUGCAUGUCAGUAACCUGUGAAGUCAUGGAUACAGCUGCAGACUCCUCCAGGGAGUCGGCCCUACAGUCGCCAGACUCUGCCAUUGGUGUAACGCCUACCUUGACACCUGAACAAGAGUUCCAGAACACUAUUCCUGAGAAGCUCUCUGAAAGGCCUAUACAAUUCAUAGAAGAUACACAAACAUCAAUACAGGUAGAGCAGAAUAGUGAACUCGUUGAAUCUGGGGCAGAGAGAGAAAAAGAUGAUCAGAGAACACAAGAUCUGGAGCAACAGCAGUUAGAAGAGAGUGGUGGAGUUGGAGAGAUCUGGUAUUCGCCUGGAACUCCAGUGGAAAUUUAUAGUCUACCAUCAACGUCCUUUUCAUCAAUUGUUGUUGAAAAUGAGAAUGUGGAAAGUAACAAAAGGAAAGAAGGCCAUGAUGUGUCCCGGGGGAGCGAAGGCGGCCACGAUGUGUCCCGGGGGAGCGAAGGCGGCCACGAUGUGUCCCGGGGGAGCGAAGGCGGCCACGAUGUGUCCCGGGGGAGCGAAGGCGGCCACGAUGUGUCCCGAAGGAGCGAAGGCAGCCACGAUGUGUCCCGAGGGAGCGAAGGCAGCCACGAUGUGUCCCGAGGGAGCGAAGGCAGCCACGAUGUGUCCCGAGGGAGCGAAGGCAGCCACGAUGUGUCCCGAGGGAGCGAAGGCAGCCACGAUGUGUCCCGAGGGAGCGAAGGCAGCCACGAUGUGUCCCGAGGGAGCGAAGGCAGCCACGAUGUGUCCCGAGGGAGCGAAGGCAGCCACGAUGUGUCCCGAGGGAGCGAAGGCAGCCACGAUGUGUCCCGGGGGAGCAAAGGCAGCCAUGAUGUGUCCCGAGGGAGCAAAGGCAGCCACGAUUUGUCCUGGAGGAGCAAAGGCAGCCACGAUUUGUCCCGGAGGAGCGAAGGCAGCCACGAUGUGUCCCGGGGGAGCGAAGGCGGCCACGAUGUGUCCCGGGGGAGCGAAGGCGGCCACGAUGUGUCCCGGGGGAGCGAAGGCGGCCACGAUGUGUCCCGGGGGAGCGAAGGCGGCCACGAUGUGUCCCGAGGGAGCGAAGGCGGCCACGAUGUGUCUCGGGGGAGCGAAGGCGGCCACGAUGUGUCCCGAGGGAGCGAAGGCGGCCACGAUGUGUCCCGGGGGAGCGAAGGCGGCCACGAUGAGUCCCGAAGGGGCGAAGGCGGCCACGAUGUGUCCCGGGGGAGCGAAGGCAGCCACGAUGUGUCCCGAGGGAGCGAAGGCAGCCACGAUGUGUCCCAAGGGAGCGAAGGCAGCCACGAUGUGUCCCGAGGGAGCAAAGGCAGGCACGAUGUGUCCCAAGGGAGCGAAGGCAGCCACGAUGUGUCCCAAGGGAGCGAAGGCAGCCACGAUUUGUCCCGGGGGAGCAAAGGCAGCCACGAUGUGUCCCGAGGGAGCGAAGGCAGCCACGAUGUGUCCCGAGGGAGCAAAGGCAGCGACGAUGCGUCCCGAGGGAGCAAAGGCAGCCACGAUGUGUCCCGAGGGAGCGAAGGCAGCCACGGUGUGUCCCGGGGGAGCAAAGGCAGCCACGGUGUGUCCCGGGGGAGCGAAGGCUGCCACGGUGUGUCCCGGGGGAGCGAAGGCUGCCACGAUGUGUCCCGGGGGAGCGAAGGCUGCCACGAUGUGUCCCGAGGGAGCGAAGGCAGCCACGAUGUGUCCCGAGGGAGCGAAGGCAGCCACGAUGUGUCCCGGGGGAGCGAAGGCAGCCACGAUGUGUCCCGGGGGAGCGAAGGCAGCCACGAUGUGUCCCGGGGGAGCGAAGGCAGCCACGAUGUGUCCCGGGGGAGCGAAGGCAGCCACGAUGUGUCCCGGGGGAGCUCUGAGGUGUCCCGGGGGAGCUCUGAGGUGUCCCAGGGGAGCUCUGAGGUGUCCCAGGGGAGCUCUGAGGUGUCCCAGGGGAGCUCUGAGGUGUCCCAGGGGAGCUCUGAGGUGUCCCAGGGGAGCUCUGAGGUGUCCCAGGGAGCUCUGAGGUGUCCCAGGGGAGCUCUGAGGUGUCCCAGGGGAGCUCUGAGGUGUCCCAGGGGAGCUCUGAGGUGUCCCAGGGGAGCUCUGAGGUGUCCCAGGGGAGCUCUGAGGUGUCCCAGGGGAGCUCUGAGGUGUCCCAGGGGAGCUCUGAGGUGUCCCAGGGGAGCUCUGAGGUGUCCCAGGGGAGCUCUGAGGUGUCCCAGGGGAGCUCUGAGGUGUCCCAGGGGAGCUCUGAGGUGUCCCAGGGGAGCUCUGAGGUGUCCCAGGGGAGCUCUGAGGUGUCCCAGGGGAGCUCUGAGGUGUCCCAGGGGAGCUCUGAGGUGUCCCAGGGGAGCUCUGAGGUGUCCCAGGGGAGCUCUGAGGUGUCCCAGGGGAGCUCUGAGGUGUCCCAGGGGAGCUCUGAGGUGUCCCAGGGGAGCUCUGAGGUGUCCCAGGGGAGCUCUGAGGUGUCCCAGGGGAGCUCUGAGGUGUCCCAGGGGAGCUCUGAGGUGUCCCAGGGGAGCUCUGAGGUGUCCCAGGGGAGCUCUGAGGUGUCCCAGGGGAGCUCUGAGGUGUCCCAGGGGAGCUCUGAGGUGUCCCAGGGGAGCUCUGAGGUGUCCCAGGGGAGCUCUGAGGUGUCCCAGGGGAGCUCUGAGGUGUCCCAGGGGAGCUCUGAGGUGUCCCAGGGGAGCUCUGAGGUGUCCCAGGGGAGCUCUGAGGUGUCCCAGGGGAGCUCUGAGGUGUCCCAGGGGAGCUCUGAGGUGUCCCAGGGGAGCUCUGAGGUGUCCCAGGGGAGCUCUGAGGUGUCCCAGGGGAGCUCUGAGGUGUCCCAGGGGAGCUCUGAGGUGUCCCAGGGGAGCUCUGAGGUGUCCCAGGGGAGCUCCGAGGUGUCCCAGGGGAGCUCCGAGGUGUCCCAGGGGAGCUCCGAGGUGUCCCAGGGGAGCUCCGAGGUGUCCCAGGGGAGCUCCGAGGUGUCCCAGGGGAGCUCCGAGGUGUCCCAGGGGAGCUCCGAGGUAAAGCAACACCAAAUUAGUGUGGAUAAAAUGGAAGUUGACAAUAUUGCAAGGUUAUCCACUUCGCUAAGUCGGUUACGGAUAAGCUAUAUUCCACCAUUAAUUACUCUCUCUCGAGAAGUUGUAGAAAAUUUCAGCGUUGCUCAGAUGACGAGCAUGACCCAAGAAAU